UUGGAGUUACCAACGCGAUACGGUCCAAUCUCAGGGUGGAAGACGAUCCCAUCUUCAAAAUACAGUGGAUCGGCAGCCGAUCGGAUCGGGACAUCCCUAAUUACGAGAAUACAGUCAUAAAUUUACGAGAAAAAAGUCAUCUAAUUCUGAACUCUUUCUUGCGUUCCAAUGCUGUUAUUGUUCCCCAGAGUGAAAUGUGGCGUGAUAUUAUGCAAUGAUAUCAGUGUGGAUGGAUGUGGCUUCAUUCGCCAUUGUUCACUACCACUACUACUACUACAACUACAACAACACAGGUUGCGCUUGCUCCGGAAAACACUGCUCCCUAGCGUCUUGGAAGGGAAUUGCAAGACAGUCGUCAGCCAGUUUGAGUUGCCCCGAACUAAAACUAAACCAUUUUUUCCCCCAAAAAAACGAUGGUAAUAUACAAAUACGGCUUAUUAAAGAAUAAAAAUGACAAUAUUAAUCAUAAUAAUGGACAGGUAGUUUUGGGGGUGGUUAAUUUGCAUUUUUAAGCUUUAUUUAAGACUUUCCCCCUAGAUUUUUGUUGAUAUUCUGUCUACCUCUGAUCCAACAAACCGACCAUGAAGUGAAGGACUGGUCACGUUUUUGUCAUUUACAACCCUAACCCUGAUUUCCCCAAACAAGAACGUCCUCACAAGGAGAUGAUUAACAUAUACUAUACAGGGUAUACUAUAUUUACAUAACAAUACCAAGACAAAACAUAGAGCCUACUGACAUAGUAAGUCAUCACACUGAUAAGACGAUGUCAACUCCUAUUAUCUACACAGCACAAGGAACGAUACACUAUGGAGGCGACAUACAGUCAUGUGACUACCACGUACCUUUAAAACGGUGUACACAAAAUAACCAAAUGCUUGUUUUCCCGGUCCUGUCACGAGGCUAGCUAAGCUAGCACGCUGGAGGCUAACGCCACAAUGGUCCGCCUGGUCGGCUCGGAGGUGGAACAAAAACAAUAUUGGGACUCACCUUCACAGGUUCGCCGUAGGACCAGGCAGGACCCCACGCAGGGAGGCCAGGCUGUUGCGGGCGCACGCUUGGUAGAGCGUGGAUGCCGUGCGCCCGUCGGACGUCCCGGGCGGGUAGUCUGGAAGCGCCGAGUCGUCGGACAGGAUGCUGUCUGAGUCCCACCCCGAUGAAGACCCGUCCUCCUCGUCGGGGCCCGGACCCAGGUGAGGGUCCUCCGCUGCCGAGGCCAUGGAGUCAGGCGGCAGCAAGGAGGAAGCACUGGUAGAUGACAACCGUCGGCUUGUCCAGAUGGAGUUCAGGUGGGCCAGGAGGUCCACUGUGGCCACAGGAUGCAAAGCAGAGUCCUACUCCGUGGCCACCGUCGAUGGCACCGUUAAUCCCGAGCCAGGCCCGGCGCCCCACCGGUCCCUGGGCGGCUCCGGCCCCGGCUCGGGCGGACCACGCCGCCCCAUCAGCGCCCUGAAGAAGUGGCUCACCGCUCCGGUCCGCAAGCUAAGCUCUGACGGCAGAGGAGGAGCGGGGCGGAUGGAGAAGCGGACGCCGCCGCUCCUGUCCCACAGCGGAGCGCGGGAUUUGGACCUGCGAGAUGAUAACAACUACAGCAUCCUUCCCUCCACGGAUAUGGUGAGGAAAGAUGGCCUGCAGAGGACACAAGCUUCUUCUCCUCCACGGACUUCUUGUCGGGGCGACCUACCCGCGGACCUCCUGCGAGACGGAGACACAGCAAGUCUGAGCCGCAAAUCGCUGCAAGCUGAGGACUGCCGCGCUGUGACCGAGGAUGCCGGAAGCCGGUGGUGUGGCGCGGAGGACGGCGAGGAGGAGAGAAACAUUGCCUUAGAGAAGAGCUUAUACGUGCUGAUGGAGCUAAUAGAGACUGAACGCUUGUAUGUGGAAGACCUUGGACUCAUCGUACAGGGUUACAUGGCAACCAUGGCUCAUCAGGGCGUUCCAGAAGACCUUCAAGGCAAAGACAGGAUUGUGUUUGGAAACGUCCACCAGAUAUUCGACUGGCAUAAGAGCUACUUCCUGGGCGAGCUGGAGAAAUGCGUGUCUGAUCCCGACGCCCUGGCCCGCCUCUUCAUUAAACACGAGCGGCGGCUGCACAUGUACGUGGUGUACUGUCAGAACAAACCCAAAUCAGAGCACGUUGUCUCUGAGCACAUGGAGACCUUCUUUGAGGAUCUCAGGCAGCAGUUGGGUCACAGGCUGCAGCUCAACGACCUGCUGAUCAAACCCGUCCAGCGGAUCAUGAAGUACCAGCUUCUACUGAAGGACUUCCUCAAGUAUUACAGCAAAGCGGGACGGGAUGUGGGGGAGCUCCAGAGGGCAGUGGAGGUGAUGUGCUUUGUGCCCAAACGCUGCAACGACAUGAUGAACGUGGGCAGGCUGCAAGGCUUCGAGGGGAAAAUCACGGCACAGGGGAAGCUGCUCCAGCAGGACACCUUCUCCGUCAGCGAGCAGGAAGGCGGCUUCCUGUCCAGACCCAAGGAGAGGAGGGUCUUCCUGUUUGAGCAGCUGGUCAUCUUCAGCGAGCCGCUUGAUAAGAAAAAAGGCUUCUCUUUACCGGGAUACACUUUUAAAAACAGCAUCAAGGUCAGCUGCUUGGGCGUGGAGCAGAAUGGUGUGGAAGACCCGAGCUGCCUCAUCCUGACGUCCCGCGGCACGAACGGCAGCGUAACUCGCUUUGUCAUGCAGGCGUCGUCUCCGGAGAUACGACACACUUGGCUCAGUGAUGUGCUGCAGAUUUUAGAGACCCAAAGGAACUUCCUUAACGCCCUCCAGUCGCCUAUAGAGUACCAACGAAGGGAGAGCAAAUCAAGCAGCCUUGGCAGGAACGUGAAGUCUCCCGGCGUCCUGCAGCCGUUCUCGUGUGCGUCCACGGACCGCCACCAGCAGCCCGGCCUGUUGUCUCACAACACCUCCCUGCCGUCGCUGCAUCCGCCCCAGCACAGCCCAGCAGUCUCCAACCCGUGUGCCGCGACACGUCAAGCAGACCACCUUCCUCCCUCGUCACAGCCACGCCUCAGUUUGCGUCCACAAGCGACGGAACGCCACGGGACACCCAGCAUGCGGGGUGUGACUGCCAGCCUCCAGGCGACCACCUUCCACGACAGUGAAACCUGAGUCCAUCUGCCCCAAAAACCCCCCAAAACAAAUCAUAUCCGCACCUGUGGGAUGAGAGCCACUGUUUAAAGCAGUGGCAUGCGGUCAGCUUCACGGCUGGUGAGGCACGCACUCUUUAAUUAAUAUAGGUUGCUCACAAAGGAAGAAGAGAAUAAAUUGCUUUUGGGGAGAAAAAUCGGCUUUCAAAGACUUCUUAGUGACAUUUAUGAAUUUGAUCAACAGCAAAUCCUUCACCACUUCACGCUCCACAUUCCACGGCUGCAGUCUUACAGAAGCACCAAAUACGAAAAUAAUAAGUCAUGGUAUUGGUCAACAGAUAUAUGAACAUAAACAUAUUGAUUUCAGCAAAGCUGCCGAAAUGAAGCAUAAAAAUGUCUAAAUCCAUCCAGAAGAUGCGUUGAAAGAGGUUGUGUUGCUGUGUAGUAUUGCACACCGGUCACUAGGUGUCAGUAAUGCCACUGUCAUGUUGGCUGAUGGCUUUUAUUGCAGCUUUCAAUCAUCAUCUUUCUACGUCACUUCCUGUCGGAGCCUCCGGAACACAUUUACAGCAACACACGUGAAAAUGAGUCUUAUUUAUGUCAAAUUUUCUCCUAUUAUGUCUACUAUAUUGGGUAAUAGGAGUGGAAAGGUGACCAUAGGGGUGUUAUAUCCUGCCUAGAGGGCUGUAAUAAUGUUAAAAACUGUAUCUACAAGAUCAUGAAUGUCUUAUUUUCUCUUAUUAUGUCUAAAAUAUUGGGUAAUAGGAGUGUAAAGGUGACUAUAGGGGUGUUAUUUCAUGUCUAGAGGUCUCUAAUAAUGUUAAAAUGUGUAUUUAGAAGGUGGUAAACAGGUUUCUUUAUGUCUUAUUUUCUCUUAUUAUGUCUACUAUAUUGGGUAAUAGGAGUGUAAAGGUGACCAUAAGGGUGUUAUUUCAUACCGAGAGGGCUCUAAUAAUGUUAAAAAAGUGUAUUUAGAAGGUGGUAAUCAGGUUUUUUAUGUCUUAUUUUCUCUUAUUAUGUCUACUAUAUUGGGUAAUAGGAGUGUAAAGGUGACUAUAGGGGUGUUAUUUCAUGUCUAGAGGACUCUAAUAAUGUUAAAAUGUGUAUUGAGAAGGUGGUAAACAGGUUUUUUAUGUCUUAUUUUCUCUUAUUAUGUCUACUAUAUUGGGUAAUAGGAGUGUAAAGGUGACUACAGGGGUGUUAUAUCCUGCCUAGAGGGCUCUAAUAAUGUUAAAAACUGUAUCUACAAGGUCAUGAAUGUCUUAUUUUCUCUUAUUAUGUCUAAAAUAUUGGGUAAUAGGAGUGUAAAGGUGACUAUAAGGGUGUUAUUUCCUGCCUAGAGGGCUCUAAUCAUGUUUAAAAAAAAAAGUGUAUUUAGAAGGUGGUAAACAGGUUUUGUAUGUCUUAUUUUCUCCUAUUAUGUCUACUAUAUUGGGUAAAAGGAGUGUAAAGGUGACUAUAGGGGUGUUAUUUCAUGCCUAGAGGGCUCUAAUAAUGUUAAAGUGUAUUUAGAAGGUGGUAAUCAGGUUUUCUAUGCUCUUACUAGCAAAAUAUUCCAUUUAUAAAUAAGGAAUCCUACUUGGCGGAAUUCACUUAUCACAGUGGGGUCUGGAGCCCUAAUAAACCGCCAUAAAGGAGGGAUUACCGUGUAACGUUUCUCUCCAUACUUUCUGCAAACAUGAUUGUACAUUGGCAACAUGCUGACAAGCAGAAAGGAGGAGCAGAGCCUCGUCUCACCUUUGUGCCAGGUAUUUAUUUGAUCGGGAAAAGGGCAAAUUCAGCAACGUGAUGUUAAAGACGAUGGCUAUCAUCCAGAUAAACGCUUCUAACACAGUUGAAUGGACCCAUAUGAAUAUUUAUGUUUGUUUCUGACUGCACAUGACUGACGUGCUGUCCUUUCAAGUUGCGAUGACGCUGUGGUGUGUUCUUCUUUCCUGCGUGCAUAAAUGAGAUGUGGAGAUGACAACUUGUGUUCAAGCAUGGCCGACACGUCACAUGUUUGCAUUUGUAUUUGUCCUUUUUCCACUGGAAUGUCUUAUUUUUCUAAUGCAUCAUUUUUCACAAGCGACCAGUUGCCCUUUGCUCCUCUUGUCUGAACAAAGUGCAUCUCUGCUUGUGUCGCCGAGCAGAGAGGACGAGGGAAAGGGAAUGGAGAGAAAAGUGUUGAGUACCCACAGCCUGCUUGUCUUCUGCUUGACUGUAAAUAAAAAGGAAAAUCCUGCAUUUCCUCCCAAAGUGUGAUGACGACCAUAGAAGAGGAAGUAGUAGCUGUGUUUGGUUGGUAUGUGAAGAGCUUAACCCCCCCCCCCCAAAACCCAGCGAUCCCAUGUGACCGUGUGCCCAUCACGCGUGGUGAGUAUGCUUCUAUUGGACUUCCUUUUACGACACAGCGGUCAGUUUCUUCUUACGCUUGUAGGAAGCGUGACGUGGACUCGCCUCCAGAAGCCUUCCUUAAAUGCUUCGUGACCGUCGCACGUCAUCUCAAGGUGGGUGGGUCCUUUCAUCCCACUGUGUGGCCCCCACGUGCUUGUACGCAUGCCUGACAACGUGGGGGCAUGCUCCUAAUGAGACUACGGAUUGUGUCCUGGGGGAUCUCCUCCCAGAUCUGGACCAGGGCAUCACUGUGGUACCUGGACGCAUGGAGGAGAUUCCAGGAGACAGGUAGUUACUCCAGGAGAGCUGGACAGGGCCGUAGAAGGUCCUUCAACCCUCAGCAGGAUCGGUAUCUGCUCCUUUGUGCAAGGAGGAACAGGAUGAGCACUGCCAGAGCCCUACAAAAUGACCUCCAGCAGGCCACUGGUGUGAAUGUUUCUGACCAAACAAUCAGAAACAGGCUCCAUGAGGGUGGCCUGAGGGCCCGACGUCCUGUUUUCAAAGUGUUCCUCUAAUUUUUUGAGCAGUAUACACUGUGUAUAUAUAUGGUAUAUAUUUAUAUAUAUAUAUAUAUAUAUGUGAGGCAAAUGCAGGAAACAUACAGUAUACUGUACUGCCCAUCAAGAGAUUUGGGAGCGACAUAAAAAUGAAAGCAGGGAUUAGCUAAAAACACACCAAGCUCAUGAUAUGGAACACACGCCCAUGUCAUCAACAUUUGAAACAUCAACAUAGUAAGUCUGAAACCCUGCACGUUGGCUAGGAUGACAUCAUCGACAUAAGUGCAUCAAGCUGACAGUGCCCUCUCGUGGAAGAAGUCACGUAUUUCUUUCUGAUCGUCACCCACUUUGGUCAUUUGGCCCUUAAACGUGUCAUAUUGUUGCUAUUUUGUGUCAGCAAUCAAAGAAUGAACAUUGAAAUGGACUGCUUGGUCUUUGUAGUCACGUGUAAAAGACCUUUCAUCGACCCUUCAGUCUUCCGUGGCCACAUCGAGACAUGACACCUUCCGCCCAGGACGCAGUUUUAUUUUAACACCAGAGUCCAAUGAGGGCUGCCCCUUCACGUCAUACAUUUACACAAAAUAAGACGUUUCACAAAGACAAAGACACCUGACAAAAAUGUCAGCUGAAGCGUUGAAGUCCUCAGCAUUUGCUAGUUUUAAUAGUGAUAUUAAUACUGAGGUGUCCCUCAAGGUUCAGUGCUUGGUCCUCUCCUCUUCCUCCUCUGCCUUGUCAUAAUACUGUAAUAAUAAUAAGGCAGCACAUACAAUUGGACAAAAAACACAGUCAUAAAUAACCACUUUGUAUCAGCAUCAGGGUCACACUGAAAAGCACAAAUCAGGUUGGGGGCGGGGGGUGGGGGGUGGGAGGGUCCAAGCUUUUCCCAGCGAGGGCCACACACGUAAAAUCAAACGAUUUUCCACUUUCUAAUUGUAUAUUUACAGAAAACAAGUUUCUUGCUUUAUCGGUGACAAAGUGGAUUAUGUACUUUUUCUCCACCGCUUUUCAACUGUCGUCUUGUCAUUUUUUGUAACACUUUUAUUCCCAUAAUAUUUGGACUUUGUUCUCGUAAUGUCACCAUUUGUUCCCAACCCCAUUUUCCAAAAAUAUACAGCUUUCUUCUGUUUUGUUACUGAUAUUGUAAAUUAUUGCAGAAGUUCUUGGCCAAAUUAUUAUGAUACAUGUUUUGUCAUAACAAUAACAUAACACAAAACAUUUUUUUAAAAUUGUAUGAAUAUGAUGACUUUAUUCAAUUAUUUCUACUUGACUGUAGUAAAAUGUUUCUUGUUUUUCUUAGUUUUCUUGUUUAAUUGUAUUUUUGCUGUUGUUGUUUUUUGAUUAUUUUUUCGUAACACAAUGACUGGAUUCAAUAUUUGGACUUUGUUCUCGUAAUGUCACAACUUGUCCCAGCCUGAUUUCCCAAAAAUGUUCUCCUGUAAUAUUGCCUAAAUUAUUUUGGUGUUAUGACGUUAUUCAAAUAUCUCUACUUGAUUACAGUAAAACAACUGCUCUUUUUGCCAUC